AGCUGAGCGAAUAGCUGAGACUUUUUUCGUAUAAAAAUAAUUUUCUAAAUUACGGAAGGAAUUUAUAUUAAACUGACAUACAUUUUAAGAGUCGCCUCUAGUUAGUAACUACCCGUAUAGGGGCAAGUGAAGUAGCCAUUUGGCUUUGAUAAACAAUAUUCAAUAGAAACCUUAUUAACACUUCGACAAAAUCAGUGCGAGUAGUGACACACAGACUAGGAACUAGACAUGCAUGUUUGUUCCUUAGUUCAGUAUAUCAUGUAUCAAAAAUGGAUAUGCAGCCUGCUUAAGAAUGUUUUUCCUUAACCAUCUUACAGCAAGAUAUGGACCAGAUUUUUGUGGAUAACAAAACAUUCUAAGCAGGAGUUGAAAUAAAGCAAUCGACGUUUUGCAUAAAUUGAUUAAUUGACGUGGUAUCUCUAAAUCAAACCACUUGGCUACCCGUACAAUCAAAUUGUCACCCACAAUGCUGACGGCAUUAAAAUAACAGGUUAUUGGUUAUCUCCAUUGAUAACAUAAGCGAUCACCUUGAAAAUCACGCUAAAUUAUAACGGUCAAAGCCUCAAAGCAUUAACCACGCUCUAAGGUCAAAGCGCCAAUUUACUAUCAGCUUGACGCGUCGGUGACUAACUUGAUCCACUAAUUUGGCAUUUUAUCUAAUUUCAAAAGGACUUAAAGGCUGAUUCAAACAUUUGCCAAGAAAUGUUAGAAAUAAGGUGGAGGUAUUGAUUUACUAUGAAACUGCAUAGUUCGUAUUCGUCAUCACAAAUAUUUUCUCACGUACAAGUUCAUGCAUAUGUCAUGGUGAAUGUUGACUUAGUUUGAACUAAAUAAUUUCAUUAUGACUAUGUUCUGGAAUUCUGUAACAAAAGUGAUACUUAUUAUUAGUUUAAAGAAACGUUUAAUAUCAAAUAAGUACUUAAAAAUAAAACUUAAAACGAUUUAAAAAUGGUUAAGAUACUAAAUGAAUUCUAAGAUUUGCGCUAGAAUACAAAUGGUGAUGGUAUUUAAAACUAUAGAUUACAUAAUAAUUGUGUACCAUAAACCAGAGAUAUUUAAUAUUCUUUUCCAGCCUUGAUAUUGGGUUUAUGAUUCCGAUUCGUAAAAACCCUGAAUAUUAACCAAAUUUUUCAAAAACUUGACCAUUCAUUUGGUUUUCUCUUGGUUUAAUAUAACGGAAUUAAAGAUUUAUAAGUCUUUAGGUAAUCUAACGUCUAAUUUGUAUUCGGGAAUUUUGUGGAAAUUCCGUCUGGCCUUACCACUUGUUCGAAGGUUACUUCAAAAUAGGAUGUAGUGAGUAACCACAAUGCCCAUCACGCAACGCAAAAGUGAAUCACUGGAACUCCUUCUGUUAUUUAAAUAUGAUCAGAUAAAUAGUAUGUAGGUUUUCUCUUUAAAGCUUGUGUCAGAACUCUCUCAAGCUAUAUAGCACCACUUUUCCUCUCACUUCAUUAUUUAGAUUCUAAACUAUUAUUUAAUGUCCUUAAUUAACAUGCAACUUAGGUCAACUUCUGUUUGCCCAAAACACAAAACCUUUAAAAACAUUCUUAAUUGCUUCAUCGAUCACAUUAUUAAUUUGUAGUACUUUUUUCCUCUGUAAUAUGCUCCUAUUUAAUGAACCUGGUGCUAAAAAGUACAGCCGAAGCUAAAGUCAUGACCAGUUGGGCUAUUUACGUACAUCCGACGUUGCUUCAUUUACACAUAAUCUCCUUGUUUAUAUUCCUUUUUCCAAACCCUAGGCCUUUAGAACGACACGACUAGUAUCAGGUUUAGUAACCCGUAUCUCGUUGGCGUCGUCCUUGUUGCUUCCAACGUCAGGUUUACGUCAUUCUAUGUAAGUUUAAUGCUCUAUCGCACAUUUAUUUAUAUCUCCAGUUUAAGGGUGCCUACUGCAGUGCAUGCAACGUAGGCAUUACUUCCAUAAAAGUUUAUCAAUAUUGUCCUAGAAUAACACUUGUGAAUUCCCAGUUCGUGUUAUUUCGAUAUUUGAUUGUGGUUGGUUUUAAUUUACCGUAUUUAAUUUAGUCUUUGUUAUUUUUAAACCUGUUACUGGGUUCAUCAAUCACUAGUUCUUUGUGACUGGUAACAGUUAGUCUAAGUCUUGUUAAAUUAUAGUCUGUAUUUUAUAAAUAGAAAGUCCAGUGUACAGUUCGUUUCCCAUUGUUUCUUCUCGUUUGAUGCUAACUAUCAAUAUUACAUGUUUCUUCUCAGAUUCGUAUUUCAGUUAUCAGAAAUCAUGUUUUUGUUGAACCACAAACUGCAUCUCGUGAUGUAACGUCUUAUCAGUUAUCUUUUGGCAUAUAGUUAACAGGUAACUGACCAAACUAAAAUGAUUCAUUUACAAGUGGAAACAAGUUUUAGGAGGAAAAUAAAGGUAGUGGGGAGUUGUUUAAAAACACAAUAUGAUCACACGUGUUUGAAAGAAUCUGAUCAUUUCGCGAAUCGGCCUCGAAUGUAUCGCAUGAGAGUGAAUAAAUAAUAAGUGUAUUUGACAUAAAUGUUAGUGUCAAUGUGACGACAUGAAGUGUAUUGUUUAUAUUGCUUUAGUCGUGCUAAUGGGCACAGUGGCUGUCCAGGGCAUGGCUUGGAGACGAUAUCAUUGGCAUCGAAUGGACCACGAUGAGCCUCACUACCAUGGACCUCAUAGGUUCCACCACGGGCAACCACAUAGGUUUCACCAUGAACAUCAUCAUCAAAAAUUUCACAAUACACAGUGCAACGGCACAUCGCGCGGCGAAGGAUAUCACCGAAGGUGUAUAAAAGUCACAUCAAAUGAACCACCGAUAGCCACAGAAACAUCAUCAAUACCUGUAACAAAACUAAUUUUAAUAUCAACACCUACAAUCCAACCAAGUACGACCAAUCGACCAUCAGAAAUCCGACCCGCUGAAAUAACAACGGCGGUAUCUUCUUCAACAAAAAAACAUGCUUCUGAGAUUCAAUCUGAUGUUAAAUCAACAACGCCGUCUUCUUCAAUAAAAAGUCAUCCUACAGAAUAUGAACCUGCUGAAAUAGUAACCACGCCGUAUUCCACAAUACAUGACACUGAAAGUGAAUCGGAUUUAACAUCAACACCCUUAUAUUCAUCAUUAGCGACUGAAGCAUCACCAGCACAUUUUACCUCACGACCCGUUAGAAAAGUUCCCUCGACACCGGAACUUACUACAAUGACACUACCCCAAAUAACAACAUGGCGUCCAAAAUCACCACCUGCAAUUUUAACAGAAAUGACACCUGCACCAGAUACAACAAUAAGUUUAGAUGAAGGACCACCCACAUUAUCCCCUGACAUAAUAAGGUGUAUAGAAACGUGUCCUGCCACACCCGAAUUCAACCCAGUGUGCGGUACAAAUUACGUGAUGUAUGAAAAUGAAGGGAAGCUGUUCUGCGCCAAAAGCUGUGGAAUUGAUGUCAGUAUUCUACGAAGGUCAUUGUGUCCUCCACCAGUGUUUGAGGAUUCCUUUGAAGGAGGCCCGCCUGGAGCAGACUCGCCUGGAGCAGCGCCUUCUGAAGGAGAGCCACCUGGAAGAGGGCCGCCUGGACGAGAACAGCCUGAAGGAGGAUUCCCAGGAAGAGCGCCUCCUGAUCAAGGACAGCCUGAAGAAAGACUGCCUGGAAGAGAGCCGCCUGGACAAGGACAACCUAUAGGAGGACCGCCUGGGCAAGGGUUGCCUGAAGGAGGAACACCUGGAAGAGUGCCGCCUGGUCAAGGGCAGCCUGAAGGAGGACCAGCUGGAAGAAAUCCUCCUGGACAAGGACGGCCUGAAGGAGGUCCAAAUGGAAGAAGGCCUCCUGGUCAAGGACAGUCUGAAGGCGGACCACCUGGAAGAGGGCCUCCUGGCCAAGAACAGUCUGAAAGAGAUCCAUCUAGACGUGGGCCACCUGGACAAGGUCAGCCUGAAGGAGGACCAAAUGGAAAAAGACCUCCUGGUCAAGAAUGGUCCGAAGGAGGACCACCUGGAAAAGUGCAUCAUAGUCAAGGACAGCCUGAAGGAGGACUACCUUUAAGAGAGCGGCCUGGAGAAGGACAGAAUGAAAGAGGACCACUUGGAAUAGGGCCAUCUGGACAAGGACAGCCUGAAGGAGGGCCACCUGGAAUAGAACCGCCUGGACAAGGACAGCCUGAAGGACCAUCGGAGGCCUCUUCCUCCCCGCCUCCGACGCUUCCAGCUUUCCUUACUCGUACAACACCACUGUCCAGCUUUCACAUGUGUAUGAGACAGUGCCCUAUAACAGCGGACUUCACGCCUGUUUGCGGUACAGACCUUAUCACCUAUAUGAACAUGGAACGGCUUUUAUGCGCUCAAAAAUGUGGCGAUGGUGUGCAGGUAUUAUGUGAGAAACCCUGUGCAGUAUGUGGAGUAAAUUCGGUGGCCACGCUUAAACCCAAAGCGACGACGUCUUUAACGACCACAACUGCGAGUACACGCAGUUUUAGUCAGAAAGAUGAAGCUGAUAUAAGGCAAUGUAUGAGGUCAUGCCCUGUCACACCAGAAUACAACCCUAUUUGUGGCACCGACCGGCUCACGUAUACUAAUCCGGGUCAUUUACUCUGUGCCCAAACGUGUGGUGUUGAUGUAACUGUCGCCAGAUUCUCACCGUGUCAUGUCACGUCAACGAGCACAUCGACAACGGAAUACCCUUUGACUUACGAUGAGCUGAAUUGUAUAAGAGACUGUCGAGUUACUGCAGUGUAUAACCCUGUUUGUGGUACAGAUAACUUGACUUACAUAAACCUAGGACAUUUAGAAUGUGCACGAUAUUGUGGACUCGAUGUGGCAUUGAAAGAAUCAUCUCGAUGUAGAGGAGAUUUAGAUUACCCAACUGAGAGUACUGAAAAAACCCAAGCUCCGACCUCUCCAACUAUAGAUAGAGAGAAGGAUAAACUAAUUACGACAACACAAUCGACAACCUUAACUACAACAUCCAAGCCCAUAUCUACAAAUACACCUGUACCAACAUCAAGCACUACCGUUGGAUUUACAAUACCGUCGUAUAUACUAAAGGAUAUUUUUGAGACCACUACGGAUAACCCAGUACCGCUUACGACACUGUCAUCAACAACCACGACCACGACUACUGUAAGACCCACCACGGAAGUAGACGAAGACAUCGAUUUAGAUGCUAGGUUUGGCAAAGAUAUUAAAGAUAAGGAUUACAAUAGUAGAAUAAUUUUCCCAGAAGACUAAAUAAAGACUAAUUAGGAUAA